GAGGGAGAGAGGGGGACAGCGCGGGGCAGCGCCGCCGUCGCUACACCGCGCGGUGCGGCGGGCGCAACGCCAGCCCGGCACAGGCAGGCCAGACCGCCGCAGGAGCGCAGGACAGGACAGAGCCCCAGUACUCGUCCGGCAGGCGCUGCAGACAGGCAGGCUCUCAGCAGCGCUACCCCGCGGCGCCUGGCGUCGCGAACCCCCCCGGCGUCCCGACGCUCGUCACCGGCGACUCGUUCGUGCUGCCCGCGACGCCGCGACUGCCGGCGCACCGCACGCCCGUGACACGACGCGCGGUCACCUGGUGCAGGCCAUCCGGGCCGCCGUGCUUCUCCGGUCAGCUGUUGUGGGAUGUGAGUUGUUGGCGCUGUCGCCGCUCCCUCUCUCUCUCGUCCCUGCAAGAGGAUGACAGCACCGCCGCCGCCCAGCCCGCCGCAACCCCAGCCGACGUGACGCCGCCGUGCCGCGAAGUGACGUGAAGUGACGUGACGUGUGACGUGACACGUGACGAUGCGGCUGUGAUCAGACGCGUUGUGACAGACGUCCCGCGCAGACGACGCGACGCUGCCCGCGACGCGAGUGAAGUGUGACGAGUGCACGCCGACGCGAGCGCUUCAGCGCUUUUUAGCGAGAGCGAGUGAGAGCGAGAGUGCGCGUGUUAUUGUCACCAUGGUCGUGCCGCUCGGCGCCCUGAGGAUGCUGGGCGCGCUGCUGGUGCUGGUGCUCGCGGGCGCGGGCCGCUGCUGCGCGCUGCCCUCCGACAAGGGCCACGCCGUGGCCGUGGACGCCGAGAGCUGCGCGUCCGUCCAGGAGUACUUCAUCAGGAGGAACCUGUCCACGCCCAUUCCGGAUCAGCCGCAAAGUGGGGUGGAGCUGCAGGUGUGCCCCGCGGGCCGCAGCUGCUGCACACCUGCCAUGGAGGCCACCCUGCAGCGGCAUGUGCACCGGGACUUCAGCGCGCUCGUGCACCACAACUCGCAGUCCACCCAGGGCCUGCUCGUCUCCUCGGCCGACGGCCUGCGUGAUCACCUGGUGCGGCUGGCGCGCUGGUCCGAGAGCAAGACGCUCUCGCUGUUCGGCCAGGUGUACCAGCGCAUGGCCGUGCUCGCUCGGGAGCCCAUCCACCAGCUCUACGCCGACAUCGUCCGCUACCUGGACACGCCCCACGGCCUCGAGGGCAUCGACGGCGCCAACCAGGGCGCCGCCGAGCCCGCCUGGCUGUCGUCGCCGCCGCAGGGCCCGUCCAUGACGGACUCUGUCAACCGCUUCUUCGCCAAGCUCUUCCCGCUCACGUUCCUCACCACGGUGGCCCCGGUGAAGAGGGGGGGCGACCGGCCGCAGCGGCACUUGGACCCCACGUACGAGAAGUGCCUCUCCUCCAAGAUGGCCGAGGUGCAGCCGUUCGGGGACGCGCCGCGCGCUCUUGCGCACAGCCUCGGCCGCGCCCUGGAGGCCGCCAGGGUGCUCCUCGGCGUCCUGAGGAUCGGCGCCGGCGUCCUCAACACGACCGACUCCUUGCUCAUCGACAACGACGACCUCAGCGGGUCGCCCUGCCCGGCGCUGCUGCUGCGCCUGUGGACGUGCCCCCGGUGCGCGGGCCUGGGCGAGGCCGUGCGGCCCUGCCAGGGCUACUGCCUCAACGUGCUGCGCGGCUGCGUCACGGCGCGGGCCUCGGAGCUGGACCAGCCCUGGUCGGCCUUCGUGGAGGCCGCCGCCAAGCUGGCGGGCUCCGCCGCGGCCGCGCCAGCCUUCCCCGGCCGCCCCCGGUCGGCGGCGCGGGACGCGCCCUACCAGCUCAACGCCGAGGAGGCCAUCCGUCAGAUGGAGAACAAGAUCUCCGAGGCCAUCAUGUUCGCCAUGGAGAACGGACCCGGCGUCGAGAGGAAGAUGAAGUCGGCGUGCGGCCCCACCAAGUGGGUGGACGCUGUCCCCGCCGAGGCGCCGUCGUCGUCCUUGUCGCCGCCACCGACUGCCGCCCCGGCGGCGUCCGCCGCACAGAUCCUGGCCGCGCGACGGGCCGAGGGCCACCACCUCGGGCCGCUGUACGGCGGCGACCUGCCGGGGCCGCUGGGCUCGCCGGCGUCCCCCGCCUCGGCCGUCCACUUCGCCAACACGCUCCGGGAGCUGCAGGACUCGCUGCUCCGCAGCCGCUCGUUCUACGCCGACCUCGCGGACGUGCUGUGCGCCGACGAGGGCUUCGCGGCCAGGGAGGCGCAGCCCUGCUGGAACGGGCAGAGCGUUGCCAAGUACACCAAGACGGUGGUGGCGUCCACGGCGAGCGCGCAGAGGUACAACCCGGAGCUGACGGAGCCCGCCGCGGGGUCGGCGCCCGCGCCCGCCAGCCUCGCGCACCUCGUGGACCAGCUGCGGCACCUGCGGCACCUGGUGCUCAGUCAGCUGGCUGAGCUGCAGCAGCAGGUGCAGUCGGACUCGUUUGUCCGGGACGAGGACGGCUACGAGCCGGAGGGCAGCGGGGCCGGCGGCGCGAGCGGUGCGGCGGGGGCCGCGCCGACCGACGACGAGGACCAGGCCGCCUGGCACGGGGAGACGGGCUCCGGAUCCGGCGAUGGUGACGGCGGCGUGCCUGGCUUCGAUGCUAACAAUGUUGAGGGGAACACUAACUGGAGUGAUCCGGAAACAAAGGUGACACCAGGAUCUGGAACGGAGCAAGACGUACAGAAAGAUAAGACCAGUGGGGCUUCCCCUGUGCACUGGUCUGCAACAUCUGUCAGCCUAUGUGUAUCAAUUCUGACUGUGCUUAGGCUAGUCUUGCUGUGAGUGUGGAAUGGAGUUGUUCCUUUGUGUGCUGUGUUAUUAUAUGGAGUGGAUGGAAUCUGUUCAUUCAAGCCAGUGAUUAUAUUAGUUUCGACAUAUGGUGUGCUCUCCAUCAUUACAAAACUGCUCAGUAAUGAGGUGAGUGUGAGCAUAGGAGUGACUGUGUGUACCUGAGAGUGUGAGAAAAAGUAAUGGUGUAUGUGUGAAAUCAAAUGUUUGUAAAGAGAAAAAUUAAUCAAAGAAUGGAAAAGAUCCAUAUUUGAAAUGGGUAAGUUGCCCUGUUUCAGAGGUUUGAAAAUUAUUGGAAGAUGGUCUUAUGCAAGAACUUCCGACAAAUCCAGGUAGCUGUUAUCAGCGAAAUAUAACAAUAACAAAACUCACGAAUGCAAUGAAAACUAUAAGGACCUCAAUAUUUCUUGUGCUGCUGUUAUUCCUGCUUAUGUGAUAUGUAAUAAGAUGGAGGAAAACAAGAAUUGUUUCUGAGGUUGUCUUCUUAGUGUGUAAUUUUUUUCAUUCAACUUUGAGAAAGUUGUAAGAAGGAAAGAAACCUUACCCUUUCUCGUUCUAAAUUUAAUUUUUUCUUGAAAUGUUGUCCUCUGUAUCCUCUGAUUAUUUGUUAAAGAAUGUUAUCGCUCUCCUCUCAGUUUUUGUUGUUUUUUCUUAAACUCUAAAAGAGAAGCAUUUUUUCCAUUAUUUAAUUUUAGAAUUUUCUUACAAUGCAUUUUAAAACAUACCAUGUGUAAUCUUGGCCGCUGUCUUAGCUGUAUUUCUGACAAGAACGGAACACAUACUUACUAGCAUUUCAGAUUCAGUGUCUCCUUUUCUGGUUCAGAGGCAUCAUCUGUGGCAGUCUCCUCUAUUAGCCACUGUCAGACUGCUGUUCUCCGUUUGUAUGUCUUGGAGAUUGAAGUGAACUAUGUGCAAUACUUUUCCAGGAAUAUCUUGCUUCUAUUCAUAAAUAUGGAAUUCUUCUCUUAACGUUAACAUAUAUUGUGAGAUUUGAAACUGCCAGGACCAUAUCAUAAACAUUAAAAAAAAAACUCUUUUUAUUUAUGUUUUAGUUGUAUUGAGGGAGAACCACUUCUUGAGAGUUUUCUCGUUUUGAGUAUCUAGUCUUAUUUCUUGGUGUAAAUUUGUAGUCUAGGUUGCAAAAUUUUUACAGGUAACAUGUCUCUGUUUGCAGUAUUUUUCUCUCACAUUGUUUUCCUUGCAUAAAUGGUUGGAAACUUAGACAUGUUUAUCAAUUCUAAAUUUGUUAAAAUUGUUUCUGGUGAAUUAUAUCUUUUACACCUGUGAUAAAUUCUUGUAAUUUUAUCAAAAUCAUCAAGUUUUUAAAAAAUAUGUAAUAUUUUUCUAGGACAAUUAAAGUGCCAUACAUAUGAGACAUGUAUGUUUGCCUUAACAGGAGUGCUGCUGCACAUUUGUUUCUCACCAAACUGCGUUGAUUGACUUGUUGAAUUGAAAGUUUGUUUAGUUUUGCUUAUUACUCCUUUCCUUGAAGGGAUAAUAUGAGGGACUACCUGUCUGCUUUGUUUUUCAAUUUGCAUUGUACAUAAAAGUGAAAAUGUGAUUUCUUGAGUUUGUGAUGUAAUAUAGAUAUGUAGGAUUCAUUCUUACCCAAGCAAUAAUGAUAUUUGCUAAAGCUAUGUUUUUUUAUCUAUGACAUGCACAAAGUGUGGCUGACAUAAAAUGACCUAGAAACUUGUCACUAGAGUAUUUGAGAUUAUCUGUGCCAUGGCUAUAUACUGUAGAAAACUCCUCUACACAUGUUUUUCCAUCUUUCCCUGACCAUGACACCAUUUACUGCUAGCUGAACUUAUCACUGAAGUCUUUCUUUUUAAAAUUGUUACGAGCCUUACCUACCUCUGAUAGUUCCGAAAGCUUCAACAGCUUGUGUUAGCCUUGCAUAAGGAGUUGUAGGCACCGAAGCUUACACCAUUCACUGAAAUGAUCGUUUUGGUUACGAGCUUUCAUAGCUGACACAAUCUAUAAAUAAACUUUAUCUUUAAAAAAAAAACAGCAAACAAAAACAGGUAUAUUUUUGCGUUUUGUAACUUUUAAUCAAAGCAAUUCCUAUUAGCAGUAACCAAAUGUCAGAAGCUGGUACUGUUUAAACAAAAUUAUCAAAUUUUUAAUUAUCUAUUACUAGGCAGUUAGUAGGUCUAUAAUGUACCGUUAUGUGUACUGCUGUAACAGUAAUGAGUUCUAGUUCUGAGAGUCGAUCUACAAAUGAUCAUCAGUGAUAAAGAAAUACUUUAAAAUACAGAUUCUCUUCUUGUAUUAAUUGAGUAAUUGAACUUUGUAUGUAUCAUAAUAUGUGAUACAAGUAGCGUUUAAAACAAACUAGUCUAUAGCAUUAAAAUUUUACACAAAAUGUUAAAAUGUGUUGUUCCGUUAACGCAAAUAGAUGAUGGAAACAGGAAACUUUUUCAAAGUGAUCAGUAUGAAAAAUAUUCAGUAGUAGAGCAUAUGUUAUGUAUACGUGCCUUCUGUUCUUUUUUAUGUCACUGUGGAUAGUUCCAAAAUUUCUGUUUGAUAAAUAAAGAUUUUUUUAUGUAAAAGUUA